AUGCGAGCUUUGAGCUGGUUCUAUUUGCUGGGCGUUUGCGCCUGCGCCGACGUCUAUGCGCAGCAAGAGGUGGCAACGGCGGCAGCCCCAGUUGCAACAACAGAGAAAAUAUUCGUGAAUCAAACCGAGGAGCAGCAGUUGGUUAGUGUGCCAGGUGUUUGGCGUCAGGCGCGGCGCCGUAACACGCUGGCGGAUAGCUGCACCACGAACGGUGGUGCAACGGGCACUUGCCUCACGCGUUUCAAGUGCAUGCGUCAAGGUGGCACUGUCAAUGGCUAUUGCGGCACCUACGGCGUCUGCUGCGAGACAAACAUGGCGUGUGGCACAACGACGCGUCUAAAGCGCACCAUCAUUCGCAAUCCGGCCGCAUUUGUGAGCAACAUUUGCCAGUAUACCAUUGAGGCAUACAGCGCCAAUGUGCAGCAGCUGCGCAUCGACUUCGAACAGUUCGAGCUGCAACAGCCGACGUUUAGUGCCACAGACGACCGUUUGCUGGAGUGCCAGGAUUACUUUGAGGCCGGCAGCUUUAAGCUGUGUGGCAUGAAUGCGGGUCAGCAUUUGUAUCUGCCAUUCAAUGUGGCCGCUGGCAUUGAUCAGAUCACGCUGACCUUUUCGGUGCCGUCGCGUUGGCAGCAGAGCAAUUGGCGUCUGAUUGUCACGCAGCUGGAGGCGCCACAGGCGACCAAUAAACGCAAGUCCAGCAUGCUGGGUGGCUUCAGUGGCAGCGCGAACAGUUUGCAGGAUCUGCGCAGCAUCUUCGCCUCCCAUCAUGCUGACUACGAGCUGCUGGCGCCUGCUGGCUGUCAACAGUAUUACACGGAGCUGUCGGGCACCAUACGCAGCUUCAACUAUCAGCCGACAAUGGGCAGCGUCUAUAUGCCCGAUACCAGUUAUACCAUUUGCAUCAAGUCCACGCCCAGUGCCAGCAUGAUUGAAUACAGCUUCAGCAAGCUGGCCAUGUCGCAGCAGACUGGCGAGGGCGAGGGCUACGAUGAGGCAUGCCAUGCCACGGUGCAUACGCCGGGCAGACAGGAGGAUUAUCUACUGAUACCGCAAUCCUUGCUGGCCAGGAAUACAGCUUAUCAGCCGACCUACUACUGUGGCACCAACGAAAACUUCAUGGUCUAUGCAUCGCCGCCCUACAUGAUUCACUUCUCCAGCGACGAGAUGACCCUCGAUGCCACCCAGGAGACGGGCUUCAGUCUGACUUAUCGCCUACGUACAUCAAUUCUGUAAAGUGGCUGCCCGGUUAAGUGGGCCCUUAGAUUAGGCAACAUUUUAGCUAUGUGCAUAGAAUUUAAUAAACUAAAGUGAAAACGAUUC